GUAAAUGCCAUGUGUUGAGGAAGCGUGUGUUAGUGGUGGAGUUGAGCACGUGGACAUCUUCCCGUCAGUCCAAACAUUCGCAGCGCGUGCCAUGGCUGAGAAACUGGAUCUUAUUUCCAAGUGCAUUAGAACUUUUCCUGAUUUCCCUACGAAGGGGAUUGCGUUCAAGGAUAUUUUUCCAGUCUUGAAGGAUCCGAAGGCGCUGGCUGCUGUGACCGAUCUCUUUGAGGAGCACGUGAGGCGCGCGUACCCUCAGGUGGAUCUUAUAGUCGGACUUGACGCUCGUGGGUUUCUGUUUGGGCCGCUUUUGGCUCAGAGAUUAGGUGUGGGAUUUGCUGCAAUCAGAAAAAAAGGGAAGCUCCCUGGCCCAACGUUAUCAGUAGCUUAUAGUCUUGAGUAUGCGAAGGCCGAGGCGGAGAUGCAGGAAGACGCUGUUUCUGCAGGACAGAAGGUCCUGAUCAUUGAUGAUUUACUGGCUACUGGAGGAACCCUGUAUGCGGCGUGUGAGCUGAUCAAACAGCAGAAGGCAGAGGUGCUGGGCUGCUUGGUGGUGGUUGAACUGAAGUAUCUAAAUGGAUCUGAAAAGCUGCAGUCAGCCCCUGUGUUCUCUCUAAUACAGUACUGACAGUCUUGUCA